AUGAUAUUACAUCAAAAAUUCAUCAAUUUCCUUCAUAUGCCCAAAAGAUUCUCCAUUCAAAGUUCAAUCAAUGCUAUCACUCCUACAAAUCAUCGACAUCAUCAAUCAUGCCUGUUUGUAAAGUGUUUACAAUAUCCAUCUAUUCACCAUUCAAUUAGAAUGACAACUAAUCAGUCAAUACAAUCAUUAAAUAUAGCAAAACAAUCCAACAACAAUAAUACUGAUGAUAAUAAUAAUAAUAUCAUUUGUAAAAAUAUUAAAAUAAUUGGUUGGGUUCAAUCUGUAAGAAAGCAUAAAUCUCGUGUAUUUUGUAAUAUCUCAGAUGGGACAUCACCUUAUGACUUACAGGUUGUAAUGACGCCUAGUCAAAUAACUGAAAACAUCAAUAUCGGUUGUGCUGUAUCCGUUGAAGGUGAUAUACACACUAUUCCAGAUAAUUUUCAUAAAUCCAAAUCAUCACUUGCCAGUAGGACUAAUAUUCAAUGUUGGGGUGAAUUACACGCUAAAACUGUGACUAUUCUUGACAAUGUUACAAAAUCGUCUGAGAAUGACUCAUCUUCUAUUUGUCAACACCGUCAUGAAUCUCCAGAUCUGUCCUCUUGUUCUUCUUCUUCGUCUCCCACUACUCCUACUGCUGCUACAGAAGUAAAUCAGGGGAUAAGCUCCGUUGGUCGACAUAGUCCACGACCUGAUUUAGGCGUUCUACGCUCAGUUGAAGGAUUAGCUAAACGGCAUAGACUACCAGAAUUCUCUGCAAUGCUUAGAAUGCGUGCACGUAUUAAACAGGCAAUUCGUAAAGUGAUGAAUUCCUGCAAUUAUUUAGAGGUUGAUACUCCAAUUCUUACAACAACAGACUGUGAAGGUACUGGUCAAAUGUUCAAUGUUCAAUCACCUUUGUCAAAUGAAACCAAUGAAUUGACGAAUAAAUCGAAUGUAUUUUUAACUGGUAGCGCACAAAUGCAUUUAGAGGCCUUAGUUUUAGGUUUAAGUAAGGUGUAUACACUGAAUCCAACAUUUCGUGCUGAGAAUUCGCAUACUAGACAUCAUCUUGCAGAGUUUUAUAUGCUUGAAGCAGAAUCAAUCUAUUUGGAUAAUAUUGAUUCAUUAUGCUCAGAGAUUGAACGAAUUCUUAAAAUGAUAUUAAAUGAAUGCUUGCAGCUUUAUCCUACUCAAGUUGAGUCAAAUGAAUUAACCGAUUCACAGCAUGAUUUGUUACUCAUUCAAACAUUACUUGGAAGACAACCUCAAGUCGUUGAAGAUCACCACCAACACCAUCCUCCUCAUCGUGAUUCUGAUUGGUUCAUCAACUCAGCGAUAAACUUCGCCAAUACACUAAAAUCAAUUCUUUCCAAACCAUUCCCUCGUGUUAGCUACAAUGAAGUCAUAAAAUAUUUAAACAAACAAGAAAUCAACCCCAGUGAACCGUAUGAUUUGAACAAAAGUGAUGAACAGCAAAUACUCGAUUGGUUCGGUGGAGAUCAACCGGUUUUCAUAACACAUUUCCCUGCACAACUUAAACCAUUUUAUUGUCAACUGACUGAUGAUGCUGACGAUGGUGGUGGUAUUACAGCUGAAUGUACGGAUUUAUUAUUUCCAGGAAUUGGUGAACUAGUCGGUGGAAGUGUUCGUGAAUCCUCUGCGAGGGUAUUACAGUCGCGUAUUAAGGCGUUGAAUAAUGCUUAUCAUUAUCAUCAUCAUCAUUGUACAGAUAAAUUAAACUGGUAUAUUGAUUUACGUCAUACUGGUAGUGUACCACACGGGGGUUUUGGUCUUGGCUUUGAACGUCUUCUGCAAUAUCUACUGGGGAUAGUGAAUAUACGAGAUACAAUUGCAUUUCCGAGAAAUACUCAUAAAAUUAUCUUGUAG